CAACUCUGAGAAAACGUUGAUCAUUAGAAUAAAUCUGGCAAGGGGAAACGAGUCAUAGGCAUUGCAAUUUGGAAUUGAGCAAUUUGGCAACGGUGUUCGAGCUCCCCGAGGAAAAUGGAGGAUCUUGCCGUUGAAGUCCGGGGUGAAAAUGGGGCUUGGUAUAAGGCAUUUGUCACUGAUGUUCAUGAAGAUAAGAUUUCUGUUGCAUUUGAGAAUGAUUGGCAGCCAGAAACAAAGUUUCUAUUUUCAAGGUCCCGCUUACCUCUCAAGGACAGCAAAGGUCCAUUUACAUUUGUAGAAAACCAAGAAAUUGAAGUUUACUCAAAAGCAAAUGAACAGGAAGCAUUUGGUUGGUGGAAAGCUGUUAUUAAGAUGAUCAGCUCUGAUGGAGAGUUUUAUGUCGUGGAAUAUGUUUGCUGGGAAAUGUCAUAUUCGGAAAUAGUACCUGGUGAGAGAAUUCGUCCAUCAAACACCAAUUCACCUUUAACAAAAGCCAACUUUUUCAAAUUUGAAAUUGAGGUGCCUGAAGAACUACGAGAAUAUGCUAAGAGGGAUGGAGUACACAAGGAAUUUCAAAAAGCGAUUGAAGCAGCCGUCUGUCGAUAUGUACCCGAUAAAGGAAUGCUUAGUGUUAUGUCACGACACGAAUCCAGUCGAAAGCGAGCUGGUCUGUUGCAGGAUAUGCAUUUUCGUAACCUGACGCAAAAAGUGGUGCUGCUCAAAAGAACUGAAGAAGCUGCUAAACAGCUCGAAUGUACAAGAACACAUUCUAGCGGAGGCUUUACGGAGGAGUUCACGGUGAGGUUGGAUUUGAUGGGAUUGGCUAUUGGUGCGCAUGGAGCCAACAUUCAACAAGCUCGAAAGAUUGAUGGCAUAACCAACAUUGAGCUAUUGGAGAAUUCCUGUACCUUUCGUAUACACGGAGAAAUUGAAGAUUCAGUAAGAAAAGCUCGUGGAAUGCUGGAAUAUGGCGAAGAAUCCAUUCAGGUGCCUCGGUUUUUGGUCAGAAAAGUCAUAAGAAAGAACGGGCGUGUCAUUCAAGAGAUUGUCGACGAGAGUAAUGUUGUCUGGGUUAAAAUUGAAGGAGACGACGAACCUAAUCCGGCUCAUCCUCGCGAAGAUGGAUUGGUUCCGUUUGUGUUCGUGGGUACAGUGGACUCCAUAGCCAAUGCCAAAGUCCUUCUCGAGUAUCAUCUAGCACAUUUGAAAGUACGAAAUCGAAAUACGAAAUAUGCCGCCGCAGCCGCAUAAGUUGCCGGAAAUUUUUCACCAAAAUCCUGAUGUUACACUACACCACCGAGGCAGCAUAUUUCACGACUUACGCUGCCCUCAGCUGCUACACUGAAGCUCCCAAUUACUACUCUACCAAGGCACCUGAGUAUUAUACCAUGACUUACCCUGAUCCGACCUGAUACACCGAAGAUCCGAAGUAUUCUACUGCCCCAAUUUACUACACCACUAAGGCACCUGGAUAUUACAUAACAACCUUCGCUUCUCCAGUUCACUACAGGGAGGUUCCUGAAUACUAGAGCCGAAAUUUCUGUUUUGUUUAAAUUUCUCGGGUAUGUCAAAAUAGUAACUUGUCACUUGGAAUUAUUGUUGAUCACUUACAUUUUUUUAAUGGUAA